UACACCAUUUCAAUUUUUCAAUAUUAGCAUUUCCUUCAUUAGGUCCGUUGAAGUAGAGAGAUCUAGAAAUAGACGACAUGGCCUCAGCAAUAGACUUUGAGGCUCCAAAUUCCCCUGCUUCAGCUUUAUCUUUCGCCAUAAGACCUAAUCACAGCUUCUUGAGAAGUAUUUCUACAAAAGAAGCUUCUAAUUUCUCCGAAAAUCUUCCCUAUAGCCCACCUCGUUUAAGCACUUCAGUACUCUCUUCCAAUACAUGCCUCCACAACUCUCAACCUUCAACUCCACGACUUUCCUUCACGCUCAACAAUCCAAAAUUAGCCGAUGAUCAUCACUUUCAAACAACUUACAGGUGCAUUUCAUCUGUGUUAAAGAAAGAUGGACAGAUCUUGUCUGUUGCUACGUCAAAUGGUCUCGUUUAUACAGGGUCUGAGGCUAAUGUAAUACGUGUUUGGAAGUUGCCAGAGUUUACUGAAUGUGAUCAUCUUAAGACGAGGGGGUCUAUGGUUGUUGCGUUACAAGUGUCGAAUGAUAUGGUUUAUGCAGCUUAUGCGGAUUGUAAGAUUCGGGUUUGGCGUAGGACUUGGGAAAAUGUCAUCAAGCAUGUCCGAGUUGCUACUAUUCCUAAGGUUGGAAGCUUUGUCCGGAGCUAUAUCUCUGCUAGAGAUAAGAUGAUGAAGCACCUGGGGCCAAUAUCAUCACUGGCAAUUAACAUAUCAGAUGAUAUACUUUACUCAGCUUCCCUUGAUAAAACAGUAAAAGUAUGGAGAAUUUCUGAUCUCAAAUGCAUAGAGACAAUCCAAGCCCAUAACGAUCCGAUAAACGCCAUUGUUCUUGGUGAUGAUGGUGUCCUUUAUACUGCUUCUGAUGAUGCCACAGUCCGAGUAUGGCGACGUAAUUUUUGUAGUGGAGAUAGACCACAUUCCCUUACUGUGACACUACCAGCUAAAUGUUCACCAGUAAAGACAUUAGCAUUAACAACUGAUGGUGGGGUACUUUAUGGUGGCUGCAGUGAUGGUUACAUUCAUUAUUGGAUAAAAGGUUGGUUUUCGGGGCAAUUACAAUAUGGGGAUGCACUUCUUGGACAUACACAUGCUGUAAUGUGCUUGUCCAGUACGACUAACUAUUUAAUCAGUGGCUCUGCAGACUCAACAUGCAGGGUCUGGUUUAGGGAGCAAGAUUGUCAACAUGUUUGCGUCGCGAUUUUGCAAGGUCACAGAGGACCGAUUAGGUGCGUUACAGCUUUCCCUGGACGUGUGAACAAUGAGGAGAGUGAAGAUGGUUGCACCAUUUGCACUGGAAGUCUUGAUGGAGUUAUCAAGAUGUGGCGUGUGAGAUGCACCAGCAGUAGCAGCGAUAAUACAGGCAAAGGUUCUUCACAGAAUGCUUGUGAUUAUUUUGAGAUCGCUUAAAUAUGGACGACACUCUUUUAAUUUUCUUGCAAGUGUAUGUUUUACAACUAGAGACGGAUCCAAGAUUUUAAUUAGCAAGUGCAGAGUAUCACCUGACUGCUGACUUGUUUGUGACAAUGGUUACGGAUUUUGCCCUGGUUUCAACUUUGAGAUACAGAGUAGAAAAGGCCAAUGAAUUCUUUGUACCAUGUCCUUGCAGAUUGAGAUACAGCACCAUAUAUAUAGCUACUAGCAAUAGAUAAAUUUUCUA